AUGUCUUCUCCUCCUCCUCCAAGUCAGCGUUCGUUCCGCCCCAGACGCUUCAUCAAGGGUCCCGAUAACCAGGCCCACAAUGCCAAAGUUGCCGAACUCAGGGCCCAGAUCGAUGUCAUCUCCAAGCAGAUCGACAAGGCCGUGGUUGGCUCUGCCAUUGUUGAGGAGCGUAAGACUCUGACCGAGGAGCUCAAGGGUUUAAUGAAGGAGCAAGCUGCCAUGAAGGAGCAGCGUCAGGCCGUCAACAACCAGCUCAAGUCGGUAGAGGCUGAGGUGAAGCGCAAGGUCAAGGAGAUUGAGUCCGUCUUCAGCAAGAACUCUUUCAAGAGUGUUGGUGCUAUCGACAAGCGCAUUUCCGAAAUUGACGAGCAAGUCGAAUCCGGAGCUCUCAAGCUGGUGGACGAAAAGCGUCUCAUUAAGGAGCAACAGUCUCUGUUUAAACUGAGAAAGGACUUCUCCAGCGUCGAGGCCCAGCAGAAAUCAAUUGACUCUGACAAGGCCAAGAUCGAUGAGCUGAAGAAGAAGCUCUCUGGAAUCCGUAACGAUGCUGUUCAUAAGCGUUUUGAGGAGGUUCAGAAGAAAUUGGACGCUUUGAGAUCUUCCAACGAUGGAAUUCAGACCAAGCGUAACGCUCUCUUUUCCCAAAGACAGGCCUUGCACGACCAGAUCAAGGCCCUGAGAGCUGCCCAUGAUGCCGAGUUCAAGAAGUUCAAGGCCGAUAUUGAGUUGGAGCAGAAGAAGAGAGAAGAGGAAGAGGCCUCGUACAAGGCUGAGAAGGAAAAGUCCGAUUUGGUCGAGAAAAUCGCCAAGCUUGAGCAGGAAGCCACUCUCCCAGCCUUCACCAAGGAAAUUGACUCCAUUCAUGGAUUGCUUGGAUUCUUCGACCCAUCUUACGUCAAGCCCCAGCUCUCCAUCUUGCCUGCCGAGACCUUCGUCUCCAAGUCCAACAUCCGCGUCGUUAAUCCCGACACCGAGUUUGUCGUUUUGAAGAAGGAGCGUGAGUCUUUCUUUGUUGGAACCGGUGGAAAGAAGACCAAGUCCAAGAAGAACAAGGCCAAGUUCACUGUUGAGCCUGUCAUUAUUGCCCAGCUCGCCGACCUCAAUGUGGCAUUGCCAACCUCUCAAGAGCAAGUCCCGGCUACCAUUGAGGCACUCAAAACCAAGUUGGCCGAACUUGAGGCCAACCAAGAUGCUGAGACCAAAAAGAACUCCGACAAAGUCAAGGCCAAGAUUGCCGAUCUCGAGGCCAAGGUCGCUGCUCUCUCUGUCAAACCUGAGGCCACUGAAAAGGCCCCUGAAUCGACACCUGAGGCUGCUGAGGUUGCUGAGGCCACCGAGGCCUAA